CAUUAACACCUAUAAAAGGAGGGUUUCUGUAACCCCAAUUCAUUCAUUGAUUUCUCAUCUCCUCAGAUUCCUCAAAAAAAACCUCUCAAGAUGCAGAUCUUUGUCAAAACCCUCACUGGAAAGACUAUCACCCUUGAGGUGGAAAGCUCAGACACCAUUGACAACGUUAAAGCCAAGAUCCAGGACAAGGAAGGCAUUCCCCCGGACCAGCAGAGGCUGAUCUUUGCAGGCAAGCAGCUUGAAGACGGCCGUACUCUAGCCGAUUACAAUAUUCAGAAGGAGUCAACUCUCCACUUGGUGCUCCGUCUUCGUGGUGGGAUGCAGAUCUUUGUCAAAACCCUCACUGGAAAGACGAUCACCCUCGAGGUUGAAAGCUCCGACACCAUUGACAAUGUUAAGGCUAAGAUCCAGGACAAGGAAGGCAUUCCCCCAGACCAGCAAAGGCUGAUCUUUGCUGGCAAGCAGCUUGAGGACGGCCGGACCCUUGCUGAUUACAACAUCCAGAAGGAAUCAACCCUUCACUUGGUGCUCCGUCUUCGUGGUGGAAUGCAAAUUUUCGUGAAGACUUUGACCGGAAAGACCAUCACCCUUGAGGUUGAAAGCUCCGACACUAUUGACAACGUUAAAGCCAAGAUCCAGGACAAGGAAGGCAUUCCCCCAGACCAGCAAAGAUUGAUCUUUGCCGGAAAGCAGCUUGAGGACGGCCGGACCCUUGCUGAUUACAACAUCCAGAAGGAGUCAACCCUUCACUUGGUCCUUCGUCUUCGCGGUGGGAUGCAAAUCUUUGUGAAGACCUUGACUGGCAAGACUAUUACACUUGAGGUGGAAAGUUCUGACACCAUUGACAAUGUUAAGGCCAAAAUUCAGGACAAAGAAGGUAUUCCACCAGACCAGCAGAGGUUGAUCUUUGCCGGAAAGCAGCUUGAGGAUGGCCGGACCCUUGCUGAUUACAACAUCCAGAAGGAGUCAACCCUUCACUUGGUCCUGCGUCUCCGUGGUGGGAUGCAAAUCUUCGUGAAGACCUUGACUGGCAAGACUAUUACCCUUGAGGUGGAAAGUUCAGACACCAUUGACAACGUUAAGGCUAAGAUCCAGGACAAGGAGGGCAUCCCUCCAGACCAGCAGAGACUGAUCUUUGCCGGAAAACAGCUUGAAGAUGGCCGUACUCUCGCUGAUUACAAUAUCCAGAAGGAGUCCACUCUUCACUUGGUGCUCCGUCUUCGCGGUGGGAUGCAGAUAUUUGUUAAAACCCUCACUGGAAAGACAAUUACCCUUGAGGUUGAAAGCUCCGACACCAUUGACAACGUUAAAGCCAAGAUUCAGGACAAGGAAGGCAUUCCCCCAGACCAGCAAAGGUUGAUCUUUGCUGGAAAGCAGCUUGAGGAUGGCCGGACCCUUGCUGAUUACAAUAUCCAGAAGGAGUCAACUCUUCACUUGGUCCUCCGUCUCCGUGGUGGAAUGCAGAUCUUUGUCAAAACCUUGACUGGCAAGACUAUUACACUUGAGGUUGAGAGCUCCGACACCAUCGACAAUGUUAAGGCCAAGAUUCAGGACAAAGAGGGUAUCCCACCAGACCAGCAGAGGUUGAUCUUUGCCGGAAAGCAGCUUGAGGACGGUCGUACCCUUGCUGAUUACAACAUCCAGAAGGAAUCCACCCUUCACUUGGUCCUCCGUCUUCGCGGUGGGAUGCAAAUCUUUGUCAAAACCUUGACUGGCAAGACUAUUACCCUGGAGGUGGAAAGCUCUGACACCAUCGACAAUGUUAAGGCCAAGAUUCAGGACAAAGAGGGCAUCCCUCCAGACCAGCAAAGGUUGAUUUUUGCUGGCAAGCAGUUGGAAGAUGGAAGGACACUGGCCGAUUACAAUAUUCAGAAGGAAUCGACCCUUCAUCUUGUGUUGAGGCUCAGGGGAGGUAUGCAGAUUUUUGUGAAGACCUUGACUGGGAAAACCAUCACUUUGGAGGUGGAGAGUUCUGAUACUAUUGACAACGUGAAGGCCAAGAUUCAGGACAAGGAGGGAAUCCCACCAGACCAGCAGAGGCUGAUCUUUGCAGGGAAACAGCUCGAAGAUGGUAGGACUUUGGCUGACUACAACAUCCAAAAGGAGUCUACUCUGCACCUUGUCCUCCGUCUCCGUGGUGGUUUUUAGAGGGUCUGUUCUCAAUGGUAGUGCCUGUGUCUUUGGUCAGUUUGCAGCAGUGUUUUGUUCAUGAACUAGCUUGUUUCCUUUUGUGAUCUUGUGAUGUUUCCCAACAGAUCAUAAACUUUCAUGUUUCUCUUUUUGUGAAUAAUAAUGUCAACAUUUUGAUGUUAAAAA